AUGGCAAAAUUUAAGAUUCUAACCAAGGGGAUUCUUCCAUCGAACCUUUGUACGGCCAAAAAUUUUGAAUUGUGCCCGAAAAUGGAUUUGAUUUCGUUUCAACUCAAUAGUAAUACAAUAUGGAUUUAUCGAUUGAAUAAUGAGAAGGUAUGGGAUUUAGAUUUGGAAUAUGAUGAUGAAAAAGACGAAUCAAUCGCACAGUUGUGCUGGAGGCCCGAUGGUAAACUGUUUGCUGUCAUAUCAAAUCUUGGAAAGGUUACCCUUUUUGAUGCGGAAAACGGGAAACCAGUGAUAUCCUUUCACAUUGGUCAGUCAUACAACCUACAUCAUGUUGGGGUAUGCAUUUGGUCAAGCAUUAAAAUAAUUACUGAUAAAAUUCAUAAAAAUUCACCAUACACCGAAUUGUUUGAUAUCCAUCUAAAGGAUUCCUUAGUAAAACUAUCGGAUCAAAACAUUGCGAUCGGUGAUGAAAUUUCACUGGACGAUGAAUCAUCAUCAACAUUAGAUUUUCUUUUGGUUUGCUCACUUGAUGGAUUAACUUCUUUAGUUUUAUCUGGUGUGUUUACUGUUGAAAACUAUCAAUUGCCAAUUGAAAAUGAAAAGGUUGUCAAAAUUGUUUCCAAUUACGACCUAUCCUCCGAUUUUAUAUUGACUCAAAACAAUAACAAAGGCACGUUUCAAAUAUACAGGCUAAAUAUCAAGUUUGUUAAGAAAUAUGGCUCAAAACUACCAUUGAUUUCUCGAAGCUGUUCAACACUUAUAGGACUUUUAAAUGGGCUUCAGACGCAUAUAGAACAGAUGAAGGUAGAUCACAAACCAUUUGCAGAUUAUACAACCAGAAUUAUUGAUCUCCUAAAAGGAGAAAUAAAUGAAAAUGAUAAAGGUCAACGGAACAACGACCCUGUUUAUGACUUAUAUGAUUUACUAUUGACGGGUUCACUAUCAAAUGCCACUAAAACAUGGCUGACUGAUUAUUUAGGUGAUCGUGGAAUUAAGCGUUGGCUAAAAUUAGGUAAAAAGCAUUUUGAAGGUUCCAGAAAGGUUUUAUUUUAUUCCAUAAUACCUGCUUUACAGCAUAUUUUAGUUCAUCUCACCGAACUUCAGGGUUUAUCAGAAUGGGAGGAAACAAGCGAACUGCUUGGUUUGCAACAAGAAAAGAUUGAUUCAGCUAUUAAAAUAACAAGUUCUAUAAUGAAAUCAUGCUAUAAGUACAUGAUGCUAUUGAACGAGGAGCAAAAAAAUUUUGAAAGUGUUAUGGAUUGGUUUGGUGGUAUUAUUCAGGAGGUAACAGAGGAUGAAAAACCAACGAAGCCAAUAAAGACAGCAGAUAUUAUCGAUUUUUUGCUUUCAAUAUCAAACAAGUCAGCAAUGAGGCAUAAGGAUGAGGAAGUGAAAAAGUUGUACAUGUCACUAGACAGUACGUUGAAACAAGUAUUUGGUGACGUGAAGCGCAAAAUGAGGGAACAAAUGUCAUCUAAAAUUAUAUAUAAGUUUGACAGCAAACUGACUCAAAUUUCUAGUUGUGAGCUAUGCAUGGAUGACGACAGCCUUAUUGUCACGCUAUGCUCAAGAACAAAAAUUGAAACAUUGGUUUUCAAUACAACCACCGAAGCGGCAAUAUCAAACUGUAUUCUCAACAUUGAUAAUUCGAAAGAUAAUAUACAGGCACGAUCAAUGAACUCCUCAAAAGAAAUUCUUACACUUGUACCACAUAAUACGAGCGCAACAUUAACCUUACUACAAUUAAGCAAGGAGAGUAACUCAAUACUGAGUGAGAAGGAUGUGCUAACUAGUAUCAUAGAUAGAAUGGAAAUCACAGAUAAUCAAAAUGAUAAUAUCGCUACUUUUCUGACAAACAAUCCGGAUAGACGAAGCUGUGCCUUGCUAGACAAAAAGAGGAAGCAUUAUGAAGUACUAGAAUAUUAG